AUGGAAGAAACCACAUCCUUCCCCGACUCAAGGAAUCCACUGCUCGACAUAGCAGGCCAGGACUCAUCGGGCGUUUCCCCGCUGGAGCAGGAAGUGCUGGACGAAUAUGAAAGGCUUGCGAACAACAUGAAGGAACUCUCAUCCACUCUCGCAUCGCUGUCGAGUGGACCAAUCACGCUUGAGAUAGCAGAGGGUCUGCGGCUGUUGGAAAGAAAGGUCGCCAGCGUCUAUACGUUGAUGAAGGCGAGUGUCUACAGCAUUGUCCUGCAGCAGGGCCAAGUGGAAGGGGACGACUUUGGUGGCGACGACAGUAACAUCUGA